UCGACAACGCUGAAGAGCAUUCUUAUAAGUUGCGAAUGAUGAGAGAAAGGGAGCCGAGAUAGAUUACCUGAAGCGGUUUGGCCCGGAGUGGGUAAAAUGUGGGGGCCAUCAGGACCUUAAUGUUAGCAAGCCCUCCCAGGAGUUUGUAAAGCAGCACCCACGCUACGCUGAUCUUGUCAGUAUUUGGGGAGCACCUGAGGAUUCAGAAAUGAAACAGCAGUCAGAAACACUAAAGAGCAGUCUUAUAGGUGUGAAGAUCAUCUGCCCUGACCUGGCGGACAGUAAAGUGCUGGAGAAGAAGCUCCCUUUGACCAUGACUGUGGGGAAACUGAAGGCCUUAAUCUUUAGGGUGUUCAAGAUUGACUCUGAUAUCAAACUUUUCUACAAAAGUCUCAAGAAUGCUGACCAGAAUUUGGAGUAUGAGCUGGACAAUGACCAGAGCUUCCUAUCAUUCUUUGCUAUUGAACAAGGCGACACUAUUAUUGUCAAAUUAUGAUUGACCUUCAAUUGACUAAAACUCCUUUACACAUUUAGACAGUGUUUCCUAAUAUGUAUGUUGUUGAUCAAGGGGAUACUCAUUGUCAAGUUAAAACAGACCUCUGAAAUGACAGCUGAAGGUUGCUGAGUUUAUAAUGGUCUGCCCAUGCUUAUUGGCUGCAUUCAUGAUUGCUUGUCCCCAUCACAUAAGGUGUAUUUUUAUGCCAAAAGUCGGUGAAUGUUUUUAUCAGUUCUGUUAAUCUGUUCAAUCUUCAAAGAGUUAUAUCUAUGUUAAUAUACAGGCGCAUAGCUGCCUAUACGCAAGAAAUCAGCUGAAUCCUAAUGAUUCUGACAAAACAAAUCAGCCAAAGUUGCAGAAUGCUAACUUGACUACAUGAUCCUUAAACUAUCCAUUUUCCAGUACUAAAUAAAGCACCUCAGAACGCACAGAAUGCACCAGAUUUCACCAUUGUUUUCAAAAAUUUCCGAGGGGGCAUGCCCCUGGACCCCGUAGCACAAUUAUGACUCCACAUAUAAAGAGGGCUAGCUACGCCCCUGAUUUAUGCCAUUGAACAAGGAAACAAACCACCAAAGUUUUCAAAGCAGGAUAAUAUCAGAUAUAGUUAGUUAAUAUAUAUCAUAAAACAAAGGGACACUAUCGUCUUAAAGGCCUAGUUUAAGCCUUCUAUAAGUGACCCCCCAAAACCGUGUAUUUGUACACAAGCUCUGUUAAUUGAUCUUAUUGCCUAAUUGUCUUAUCAGAUCACAAAUCUGAGUAUUCUGCUGUGCAGUUGUGGAAGUUUUAUUAUAAAAAUGGUCCCUAAAUGGCCCUGAGCCAAUAAACAUAUACACAGGAAAUUGGCCCCUACUGUGACACCAGUGCAAUUUGCAGGAGAUGCACAGCAGGGGAUUAUCUAGCCAAACAUUCCUUAAACUAGGCCUUUAAAACUGUGAUCAUCUUGUUGUGACUAAGACAUUUUUAUGUGUUUAUUUAUUGUUAUACCCCCACAAACGAAGUUUGAGGGGGUAUAUAGGAGUGAGCUUGUCGGUCGUCGGUCAGUCGGUCUGUCGGUUUUCAUGGUUUCCGGACGAUAACUCAUGA